AUGCUCGAAGCUGGUGACCGCAACAUCUACCACCGAUAUUGUCUGGAGCGUGCUUCCGUACAUUGUACCCAUGUAUUCACAACAGUGAGUAAAAUAACUGGUGUGGAAAGCAAGCACUUACUUUGUCGCGAGCCUGAUGUGCUCACACCAAAUGGUCUUAAUGUCGUCAAAUUUGCGGCUGUCCACGAGUUCCAAAAUCGGCAUGCUGUAGCGAAAGAGAAGCUACACCAAUUCAUUCAGGGACAUUUUUAUGGGUAA